AUGUCGCUGUAUACCAAUUUCGCGAUACUUGCUUUCUCCAUGAAUGUGCCAUUUGUCUCGGGCCAACAAUUCGAUCGUGGAGUCUGUCUCGCGACUGUCAAUGCAACCUACAACAGCCUUUAUACUCAAAAUCCCGAAUAUUUCGCUAGCUAUACAAAUGGCUCACGUCCAUUUCUCACUCUUCCAGGAUGCAACGCUCUGUGCGGUAAACGAUGGGGUCCAUAUAACGAUUGCGGUCCUCGAUUGCUAGAUUGGAUUAUCCCUGCUAUUGUUUUAAUCGCGAAUUUGCAUUUUGUACCGAUCGGAUGGAGAAGAUAUAUGACAAUUGCGCAUUUUCUGGGAGACCCCAUAGAUACCAUACAUCGCCAGCUAUAUCUUGUCGAGGGUUGGGCUGAGAACCUACGCAUAGUUAAAAAGCGGUUAUCAAGACGGGUUCAAUUUCGAGAUCUAGACAUCCCAGAGGGCCUAGCAACUAUUCUCUCAGCGGCAGACCGGUUAUUGGAUCCUCAAGAGUCGUCCGAUGUGCUGGGAAAAGUUAUCGAAUGGCUGACCUUUGAAAAGAAUUCGAGAUUCGAAGCUCGAUUCGACGAGCUCAAAAAGGUCGCCGUCACGCUGAGGCAUCUACGAUCUCACGACAGCAGAAGAACUGGCGUUGCAAUCCUUCUUUACAUCUUCCAAUUCGUCGUCGUUUUCGUUUACCGAAUUGGAGGAUCGCCCAGUCCCUCGGGCGGUAGAGUAUCGCCUGCCAUGAUGCUCUCCUGGUUUCUACCGGUGGUGUUGCUGAGCAAUGUGACUGGAGACUAUGGCUCAUGGAGACAAGCCCAAGAUACAAUUCACGGGUUUUUAACCAAAGCUUAUCACCAAGACGAUCUUGUAUCCAGUGCAACAGUUCCGGUGCAAGACCCGAUUGCAGUUGACGAAGACCUUGAUUUGGUGCCAGCACGAGUUCCAGGUCAAAGACAAACCAGCGGCAGCUCGUGGUGGCAUACUCUCAAUGCCCAAUUCUCUGAGCUGGCAUGCUCAGGCUCGAUGCGCCAUCAUCACUCAUCCUCUUUAAGUCGCAAAUUCGUCUUAGGACUAAUAUCCGUCUUCCCAAUUGCACUUGCUGGUGCUACAGCUUUCAGAGUAGACUUCACGGGACCGACAUGGUUCAGCUGUCGCGCGGUCGCUGUAUUGAGCUCUUGCGCCGGGUGGUUCUUGAGUUGCAUCUUCACCAAUCUCGCCAUAAAACACCUCCACAUUGAAUACCGAUGGACCGUCAUCUUUUUCAAAGAUGUGAUCAUCGGUACUUCAAUUAUCGCAUUAAUCUUUCUUUCGACCGCUGGUCUGUUUAAUAGUUGUUAUUGUGUCAGCGGAAUUAUAUUCCGGGGGAAGGCGAAAGCCUAUGUGGAUCUCAAUCCCGUUUCUUUGUAUCCGUAUAAUAACACGGUCUACAGCUGGACUGUAGGGAUUGGGCUGUUUUUGCAAAUGCUUAUCGUUCCUGUAUUGCGACUUUGGGUUCAGCGCGAGGGAUUUAGGACGAUCUGGUGGAAGAUUCCUGAUGAGUCGGAGUAG